CGAGUUAUAUGUCGGCCAUCUUGAAUCAAAUCUCAUAGUGGCAUGUGUCUUUCCAAAUAUCAAGUGAUAGCAAUUUUAGCAAUCGAGAAAAUAAUUAAAACCUGCCAUAAAAAAAUCCGUAUUUAUUAACUAAAAAUUGAAUAUUCCAACUGGUUUUAAACACUUUAAAAAUUUAAAAAGAUCUCUAAUAAAACAAAUCAGCUGUUAUCCGUCAAUCGAUGUCAACAAAAUUACAUAAUUUUGUUUAGAAAAACAGUGCAGCCUCCGUUUUUUAGUGUCAUUUUGAAAUUAUCAAAAACAUGAAUAUUCGAUCUUUGUUUCAAUGGACAAAUUGUUAAAGUAAAUGUGUACCCAGCGGCUUACAACAUUGGCGACUGUGAUUUUUGUAUAAUGUAGUCCGCUGCAAUAUUUUAGUUAUGGAUCAAAACAAUAUUAUAGAGUGCGGUGGAUUUUAUUUUAUUCAUAAUUUUGACUCUGGAAAUCUCGGUCAUGUAGAAAGGGUGCCUACGGAGCUAAUAGCUUCGUCUGUGAACCCAAAAACAAAUUUAACUGAAACACCUGACUAUGAAUUCAACUUGUGGACUCGGCCCGACUGUGCGGGCACUGAGUUUGAGAAUGGGAAUCGCACCUGGUUCUACUUCGGUGUGCAGGCCAGUGAAGCGGGAGUACUGGUGCGGUUAAAUCUUAUAAACCUGAACAAGCAAGGCAAGAUGUACAACCAGGGUAUGGCGCCGGUGACACGCACACUGCCAGGCAAGCCUCAGUGGGAGAGGAUCAGGGAUCGUCCUGUACACUCGACGGACGACAAUACAUUCACGCUGAGCUUCAAGUACAGAACAUCAGAGAACCUGAAGGCGACCACAUUCUUCGCGUUCACGUACCCGUUCUCGUUCGCUGAGCUGCAGAUAGCUCUCAACUCCAUUGACUUGAAGAUGCUGCCUCUGCCGCCGCCGCAGUCACCAGACGACAUCUACUACGUUAGAGAAUGUCUGAUUUAUUCUUUAGAAGGGCGGCGUGUAGAUCUUUUAACGAUCACGUCGCACCACGGGAUAACAUCAGAGAGAGAGGAGCGGCUAAAGAACCUGUUUCCAGACAACCAGGAGAGACCACACAAGUUCCUCAAUAAAAAGGUGAUCUUCAUAUCAGCUCGGGUACAUCCAGGAGAAACUCCUUCGAGCUUCGUGUUCAAUGGAUUCCUCAACCUUCUACUCACAAGAAAUGACCCCAUAGCGAUCCAGUUGCGAAAAAUCUACGUUUUCAAAAUGAUCCCCUUCCUCAACCCUGAUGGGGUCGCUCGGGGUCACUACCGGACUGACACCAGGGGCGUCAACCUGAACAGGGUGUAUUUGAACCCCUCAUUAGCCCUGCAUCCUACUGUGUAUGCUUCCCGAGCUUUGAUAAGGUACUACCACUACGGCACUGAAAAGGAAGACUUAAUGGACGAAAGCAAGAGUUACACCUCGCGGAGUAUACAGAACAUCAGCGAGAGUUCCGAGGUGAUAGACACAAAGAAGAAGAAAGGCAGCAAUAACCCACAGCCUUACAAAGGCGGUGAUUACUACAAGAGGGAGAAACCGUCGAAGCCGAUGCCUAAUCAGAGGUCUUCCACCACCAUCAAGGCUCCUUCCACCUCCUCCGACAACUCCAAGAAGGAGUUCAAGUCGCUCAGUGGAGAGGCAGCUCAUUUGGCUGAACAGGUAUACGACAUGAAACUCCAAGAGCAGCCUUCACAGACGAGCGACACGUCCUCAAAACCAUCAAAUUCCAACUUGGAAGACACGCCCUCACUGCUGAACGACAACAUGCUACGAACAUGUUUGGGAUCCACGGUCCACUUGAGCACCAGUGAGGAACUCAACUUCCAUGGCUCCAACCCACUGCGGCCUCUCCGUGAUACCCUCAAGAAUAGCAUCAGUUUACUCAUGGAGUCCAAUACUUCUGUCACUGGGGACAGUGCAAUAGGCAGCAAAGACUCUCGGCAGUCGAGCGUGAAGAUGGGCUGGUGCCAGGACUGUCGCCUGGCGGUGUCCAAGCUCGAGGACACGAUGCCUGGCAUCACUGGCAUGGUACCUGGGUAUAACGUCACGCUGAAUCGACAAGACCACCUUACCUAUCAUACUAUAGACGAAUACAGAGAACAUCAGAGACAACAAGUUGACGAGCAAUCGAAGAAGGACUCGGACGCGUCCUCCUCGCCUGUACUCAAGGAAGAGAACAUACACUUCUGCACCAACUGCUUCAAACGAUACGUGAUUACGGACUCCAAUGAGGAAAUUAUGUGUUGUGUAUUGUUGCAGAAGGUCUGCAGCGUGGUGUCCACGACCAGCGUGGCGGUGUCGGCCGCGGACAGCGCCGACCCGCGCACUGAAUCACAAUCCAGCGAGAAACUCACCGGCACCGGGGACGUACUGCUCGUGCCUGUUAAUCCUUCGCCAAAAGAAGAGAAGGCGAAGUCCCCAGCAACGAAAGCUGGCAAGAAGAAAGGUGCGCCGAUACCUAGCAAUACCACGGCGAGUAGCAAUAGCAAUGCUGUGGCCAAGCCCAAGGAGGUCGAGUCCGGCCUCUACUUGUACAUAGACUUACAUGGACAUGCUUCUAAAAAAGGCAUAUUCAUGUACGGCAACCACUUCGACGACCUGGAGAGCUGCGUGGAGUGCAUGCUACUGCCGCGCAUCAUGUCCAUGAACAACCUGCACUUCCAUUUCUCUUCCUGCAACUUUACUGAGCGGAAUAUGUACCUCAAGGACCGUCGCGACGGCAUGUCCCGCGAGGGCUCGGGCCGCGUGGCGGUGUUCAAGGCGACGGGGCUGGUCCGGUCGUACACGCUGGAGUGCAACUACAACACGGGCCGCCUCGUCAACGUGCUGCCGCCGCCCGUGCGCGAGGCGGGGGCCGGGCCCGCGCCCUCCGCCGCCCCCCUCCCCCCCAAGUACACGCCGCACAUCUUCGAAGAGGUAAACCCCUUCCAGGUAAAACACUAUCGCCAAAAGAAUCUGGAGGUUUUCGAAGAGAUAGCUCCCGGCGAGGUGGGACGGUCCCUGGGCGCGUCGAUCCUGGACCUGACGGGGCAGCAUCCCAACUCCCGCAUCCCAUGCUCCGAGCACCGGAACCUCUCCGCCGUCAGGGAGUGGCUGCGGGCUCACACCAGGACCAUGCGGCCACAGCUCACGAUGUCACGGCUCCGGCCUAAGACCACGUCCCCGCCGCGCGUGCCGCUGUACGCGCGCUCCAAGGGCAAGGUCACCGAGGAGCGCAAGGAGAACACGUACGUCGGGGCCAAGACUGACUCCGAGCGCAAGCGGAGCCCGCCGGUACUGGCGCCGCGGUCCGGGCACGACAUCAUGAACCUCGGCAUGAAGUUCAGCAAGAAGAACGAGCCCGUCAAGACCACCUCCCGGACCAGAUACUUGAGCGAAAAUGAACCCAAACCCAAAACAUUGUCCACCAAACGAAGGAAUAUUCUAGCCAUCCGGAAACCGAACUCGAGCAAGACCGCGGUGGGUGGCGUCGUGAAGGCGAAGGCGAGCCGUCGCUCGGCGGACGACACGGAGAGCCCGCGCGCCUCCAUCGUGUCGGGCAAGCUCAGCAAGCGCAGCUACUCGCGCUCCGUGCGCGGCUCGUCCACGCGCAGCCGCGCGCUGGCGUCGUCCUCGUCGGACGAGCUGCUGGCCGGCACGUGGGAGGACGUGGCGGGCGGCACGGCGCUGGGCGCGGCCGACGGCCUGGCGCUGCCCGCCAAGCGCCGCCCCUUCCCCGCGCCCGCGCCGCCGCCGCACCUCAAGAAGAUCCGCCUCAAGCAGGCCAUGUAGCGCCCGCCCCGCCGCCACUGCCGACGCCUACACAACUGACCGUUCCUCGCGUCGGCGGUAACUUUGUGUGGGGCGCCAUCGCGGUAACUUAUGCCAUUAAAAAUCUUGUGUGAUCUUAUCUCUUACUCUGGGUCUAGUUAAGGUAUCGUCGCUAAUAUUGUUUAGGAUUAAUAUCGUUUCCCAUCACGACUUACCGCUCGUGCUUCGUGCGAGUUUCGACAAUUAUUGUUAUACUACUUAUAACUCCUCUAUAUUUUAUUUUACUGUUAUUAUUUGUAGGAAUAUUUUUAAUGGCAUGAGAGAACUAACUGGGCUAGUGUUGUCUUGUAACUUAAAUUUUCGUUGCUAUAAUAACUUUCCGUAUCUCGUGAUUAUGUUGACUGAAAGAACUAAAUUUUUGUGUUCUCUAGCAUAAUGUUUUAUGUCAAUUUUCUUGUUUAAAAUUCAAAGUCUGUAUAAUGUUUUACAGUCCUUAUUGAGAUAGAUUGAAAUAUUUAUUUAUCGGAAAUGUAGAUUUACUAUAAGGUUAUAUGAAGACAAAUUAUUUUAUUGUUUGCGGCGAAUUGUAAAGAUUAUACCAACCGUAGUGAGUUAGAUGCUCAUGGAGCAAUGUUUUCAAGAUGUGCUAAUAUUGUAUAAUGUACUAUUGAUCUCAUUUAUGAAUUUUAGCAAGAAGCUGGUUUCGAACAGUGCUCAUAUCUAUUCGAUCAGAAAUAUUUCUGUACCCGUGGCUUGUAAAAUGAUUGUGUUAAGCUUUAAAAAAAUUGGAAAUUGGAAUUAGGAACAGAAACAAAGUGUUUGUGUGAUAUAAUACAGCUACUUGGUUUAUAUAAAGGGUUUUUUUAGAAAAUAAUGUAUGUAUUACUAACAUAACUUGUGUACACACAUGGUGUAAGGUGGCGGCCGCCUCCAUGGGGCGGUCGUUGCGUCUACUAGUGCAAUAAUUUUAUAUAAAAUAUAAUGUACCACGAGUUUUAUAUAAAUACGUGACCUACAUGAAAUUCUAAGUUCUUAUUAAAAUAAAGUGUUUACGGUAGAAAUGCGUAGUGUGUAUAUUUUAAAACAGUAACUAUUUAUUUAUCUGAAAUAUUAAUAUAUGGUUAAAUAACAUACAAUGUUCUCACAA